AUGGAUAAAAGCUCUAAAAACCUUAUUAGUAAUCCAGGGAAUGAUUUUUUAACCACUGAGCUCUUGGCGAGGCUAUAUAAACGUCUAUUAAGCGGUUGGGAAUAUAGAAAGGUAAAAAUCCGUGAUGACCACAGGUACAAGCUUGAGCAUCCUUCUCGGCUGGAACGCCGAAAUAUUACUAAAAAUGAAGUCAUUGCAAUUAGUGCAAAUGCAAUCGGUUCAUUAGCUGCAUGGACGAGAGCUGAUGGUUCAAUAUCAAUCAUGAAUGCCAUUACUAAACGUCAUUAUUUCACUAUAAAUGAUGCUCAUGGCAAGGAUAGAAUAUGUUUAUCUCUAGCAUGGAAUCCAGUUGAAGCAGAUCAAUUUGCUACCGUGGGGAAUUCUACUACCGUUAAAGUAUGGACAUGCUCGGAUACUAAAAAUCCGUCCUUUAAGAGCUUCUUCACCGGUCCAAGAAUGAAAAACUCUCAAUGUGUUUUCGAUCCUUUUGGUAAAUGGCUACUGGUACUCACGAAAACAGAUGAACUGUAUUUAUUUGAUGUUCUAGCUGGAUAUCAGUUGCAUUCGAUCUCAAAAUUGUACGAGGGAGAGGAGUCUGAGCUAGGCGAGAGAGCUGGAACAGCAUGUUCUAUCUGCUGGUUAAAUGAUGGCAGGCAUAUUGCCAUUGGAUCCAAAAAUGGAGCAAUACGAAUGUUGAAGCUGUGUGAUAAAGGUUUUGAGGAAAUACACAUGAUCACUGGUCAUCUUGAUGAAAUCAGCUCGUUAGUUGCCGAUCCAUGGGGCCUUUAUCUAGUUGCAGGGUCUCAUGAUGGGUCAUGUUCUGUGUGGUCUUUGAAGGAUUACACUUGCAAGCAUGUUUUUGCAGAUUUUAAGGGCCUUGUAGAAAACGUCAGUAUUUCAAAUGAUGGAUUCUUACUAUCAGUGAGUUCACGCCAGGCCUCGAAGGGGACCAGUAAUGCUACGUUCUUGUCUUUGAAUAGUUAUGAGAAGCUAUAUGAACAUACAUUUAAAGAUGUCUCACAUGCACUUGUAUGCUUCAUUCCAGAAGGUUUAAAGAUAUUGGUAACCGAUGAGAAAGAUACUAUAAUUCUGCUGAAAUCUGGUUGUCGUUCAAUUUUGCAUAUUCAAGAGGAAGUGGAGGAAAUGGAGGAAAAUGUGAAACCUACUGUAUUACCUCCAGCCGCUAAGGAGGAAUUGCGGAAGGCUUCAAAAAGACGACGCUCUGAAAAGUUACGUUCUAUAGAUAGAAGUAAGGAAGCCAACCCUCGCGUCAACAAUUACGAAGAACCCAGUAGGCCAAUGCGUGGUGCUAUUGAGCGGAACCACCAACGUAGAGAUGAAGGUCCUCGUUAUCGUAGGGACCGAGCUAUCACUCGCCAUGCGAGAGACGAUUUUGUAGUGAAAAGAUACUAA